AUGUAUGAGAGGAGCAAGCUGCGGUGGUACUACGCGGUGGCGGAGUGCUCCAGCGUGGAGGCGGCGGCGCGGGUGUAUGCUGAGUGCGACGGCCUCGAGUUUGAGCGCAGCGCCUGCAAGUUUGACCUGCGAUUCAUCCCUGACGACAUGGACUUUUCGGGGCGGCAGGUGCGCGACGCCGCGAGCGACGUGCCGCUGGGCUACGCGCCGCCCGACUUCUUCAGCCGUGCGCUGCAGCACACAGACCCAACACUCACCUGGGAUGCUGACGAUCGCGGCCGGAAAAAGGCCCUUAGUCGCCGCCUGAACGAGGAGGAGCUCAAGGACGCUGAUUUUGCGGCCUACCUGGCGUCAUCCAGCGGCGACGAUGACGACGGCGACGACGGCGAUGAUGUCACUGGUGAUGAGGGCGGCAGCGGCGGCGACGGCGAGGGCGGGCCCGCGGCCGCGGCCGGGGAGGGGGCGGCAGCGGGCAAAGGGAAGAAGGCCGGAGGCGGCGGCGGGGGCGGGGGCGACGCUGAGGCGCUGAGGGCGCGCUACAGGGCGCUUCUGCUGCAGGAUGCCUCGGCGCCCAGCCGCGUCGGCGGCAGGAGCUGGGGGGCCGGCGGCGGGGAGGGCAGCGGGGGGGACGAGGAUGAGGAGGCAAGCGGGAGCGGCGGCGAGGAGGGGGCGGCGGCGGCGCGCGGCGGGAAGGGGGGCCGUAAGAAGGGGUCUGAGGACGUGGCCAUGGAGGUGACGUUCAUGCCGGGCUUGGAGGCGCUGGGUCGCCGACUGGCUGCCAAGAAGAAGGAUGAGGAGGAUAUCAAGGGCGAGAAUGUGUGGCAGGCCUACUUGCGGCGCCGUGCGGAGAAGCGACGCAUCCGGAAGCUGCAGGGCCGCGGCGGCGGCAGCAGCAGCGACGGGAGCGAGGACGACGGCGGGGACGCGGCCGCGGGCGCCGGCGCGGCGGGCGGCGCGGACGACCCGUUUGAUGAUCCCUUCUUCAAGGACGAGGGGGACAUGGCGGAGCGCUUGGCGGCGGCCGAGGCGUCAGAGGAGGGCGAUGACGACCCUGCAGGCGCCGCCGCGGCCAAGGGGCGGGGCAAGCAGGGCAAGAAUGCGGCCGAGCGGGAGCGCCAGAAGCAGCAGCAGCAGCGGGGCGGCGGCGGCGCGGCCGGGGAGAAAGAGAGCAAGGAGGAGCGGCGGCGGCGGCGGCAGGAGGAGGAGCGGCGCAAGGCGGAGCUGGAGCUCCUACUCAUGGAUGACUCAGCGCUCCGCGACGCCGCCCGCGGCGUCGGCAGCGCGGCCGCGGCCGCCGCCGCGGCGGCGCGGGGCGGGGAGGUAACGGAGACCGCGGGGGCCGCAAAGGGCGGGGCACCCAGCCGGAAGGAGAAGCGGCGGCAGAAGGUGGCGGAGAAGCGGAGGGCGCGGGAGAGGGGUGGCGGCUCUGACGAGGAGGACAUCGGGGCGGGGGCGGAGGGCUUCGAGGUCGAUCUGCAGGAUACCCGUUUCAGGGGCCUCUUCGAGGACAACGCCUUCGCCCUUGACCCCACAGACCCCAGGUUUGGCAAGUCCAAGGGCGCCAAGAAGGUGGCAGCGGCGGUGAGCAGCAAACGGCAGCGGAGGCAACACCAGCAGGAGCAGCAGCAUGAGGGGCAGCAGCAGCAGCAGCAGCAAAACGGCGCCGCUGCGCCCGCGGCCGCAGCCGCGACGGGGAACGCGAAGGCGUCGGCGGGCGCUGCCGUGGGUGCAGGGGUGGACGGAGGGGAGCGGCAGGCAGGCGGCGACCUGAGGGCCAUGGUUGAGAAGUUGAAGCGAAAGCAGAACGGCGGCAGCAAGGGGCCCACCGCGGGAGCCGCGACCGCAGCAAAAAAGCAGCGUGCCUCGUAG